AUGACUCCAAGAGAACGGCGUGCUAAGCAACGUGAAUGGCGAGAACGUAAAGCUAGGAGUAGACAGAAUAAAAAACGCAAUGAGCGACUAAUACAAAAUUUGCAAGAGAAUACAUCCAUUGCUGAUGACCAAAACGUAGCGAGUCCUUAUUUUCAAGAAAAUGUAUCUUCCCUUUCUCAACCUAUGUCUCCUGCUUCUUCGAUUUCCAGAAGGUCGUUUCUUAGUCCUGGAUCGUCGUUCUCCAGAGAAGAAUGUCACACACCUUCUCAUAGCUCCAACUCAAGUAGACAAAAAGUAGCUGGUCUUCGAUAUGUCCGAAAACGACGUGAAGAGUCCAAUCUCAAAAUAAAAAUGCAGGCAACUGUAAUCAAAUCAAUAGAAUAG